AUGUCAUCAGCAGAUGUCGCUGCCCCUAUGGCAAAUGCACAUGGACCAUUAUUGAGAACACCAACCGCAAUAUCAUUUAACACCCGAAGAAGCGCCGGCGACGGAGUAUCUGGCGCAAGCCAGGCUCCAUUGCAAAGUAUGAGCGAAAGUUCACGCUCCUCUCAAGCAUCUGGCUCAACACCUUACGCAUCUCCAUCAACAACAUCGCUACCAUCUAUGUCAAGCUCCUCUAACCUGGUACCGUCAAACCCACAGCCUCAAAAUGGCGGGCCAGUUAUGCCUACAAACAAUAUUAUAAACCAGAGAGCUGACGCUUCAAAAUCACUUUAUCAAAUAUGUGUUGGCCUGCGACUUAGACUAGAACACGUACCUGGGUUCAGUGAACAUUUCGAAGACUCAGAGGAUACUGAUAGCGGAGAAGAAUCGGAUCCAGUAUCUUUCUUAUGGCGCUGUCUUCGGAAAGGUGUGCCUCUGCUAACCAUAUACAACGUAUUACAAGCCCAAGAACCACUGCGUCUUGAUGACAACAUGCCAGCUGCGAAAAGACCCAAGGUAGCAGCGUUUAAAUUCGUCGAGGCUUGCUUAAAGGGGAAUCUGCAUUUAUCCGCGGGCGACUGUUUUGCACUUCAGGACUUAUUUGGAGAUGACACAACCGGAUUUGUAAAGGUCACCCAUGUAAUCAAUAUUGUACUCGAUGUAGCAGAAAGACAAGGUCUACUUCUAACAUCAGAGGAAAAAAAUACAAUACCGACAGAAAAACCCCCAAUUAAGAUGAGCUAUAGAGAUCAUGUCGUUCGAGAGCUGGUAGAUACCGAACGGAAAUAUGUACAGGAUCUUGAAAACUUGCACCAAUUAAAACAAACCAUCGAGCAGAAAGGUGUACUUCCAGGCGAUUUGAUACACGAUAUUUUUCUCAACAUAAAUGCUAUAAUAGAUUUUCAAAGAAGGUUUCUGAUCAAGAUUGAAACAACUAACUCUCAACUAGCAAAAGAUCAGAACUGGGCACUGCCCUUCAUUAACUUAGAAGAUUCUUUUUCGAUUUAUCAGCCUUUUAUCGCAAACCAGCGAAAAGCAGCUUCCAUUGCCAAACGGGAAUUCGAUAAAAUCUCAUUGGCUGACCAUCCAGUUGUUGUCGACUUCAAUACUUUAGAUGGGUUCCUUCUAAAGCCAAUGCAGCGACUCGUGAAAUACCCUCUUCUACUAAAGGACAUGCGAGAUAAAACUAACGUAGAUGAAGCUAAAAAAGCUGAUUUAACACUAGGCAUUGAAUCUUCCAACAGAGUCCUUAAACAGGCAAAUGAAGCUGUCGAUCGAGAGCUAAGAACUGAAGCUCUAAAUGAUCUUUGUUCUCGAGUUGAUGACUGGAAAAACCAUCGUGUCGACCAAUUCGGAGACCUUUUGCUCCACGGAUACUUUCCUGUCCUCACUGGAAAGAGUGACGUCCAGAAAGAGUAUAACAUUUACUUAUUUGAACGUAUCUUACUCUGUUGCAAAGAUCUUAAUCCCAAUAAAAGUAAAGACAAAAUAAUUGGUAGUCAGAAAGAUAGGAAAGAUAAGAAAGACAAGAAUAAGAAAGAUCCAAGCAAGAAUAAGCUUCAACUAAAGGGGCGAAUAUUUAUGACCAAUGUAACAGAGGUUUUAUAUCUAGCAAAGCAGGGGUCCUACACUGUUCAAAUCUUCUGGAAAGCAGAUCCAGGAGUAGAGAAUUUUAUAAUAAGGUUUUCCAACGAAGAGACAAUGAAAAAAUGGUACGAAGGUGUAGAUUGCCAGAGAAAACAUCAAGAAAGUAGCACAUCUUCUGCUAGCAGCUCCGACUUGCAAACACCUAGCUUCACCUGGAAUCAUCAAACAGGCCAGCCCGAAAAUCCGUACACACAACAAGAUGAAAGUAGAGAAGAUGAGGUUACAGAAGUAGCGACUAUUCAGCCUCUUCCAAACUCAACAUAUCCAGGUCCCUCUAUGACCCGAAAUCCGUCAAUGACUAGUCUUCGACUAAGAUCCACCCCCGGUGAGACCCCUCAGUCACUAGUCGGUAUCGCUAGAGCACCCCCUCCACGAUAUCCAUUAAGUUCGAAGGCUUCAAGUGGCCCCCUCAGUCUACAAACCCAACUCUCGCCUGCUCACCGAGGAGGCGACUCAUACUUUUCUCCGGUCACUGAAUCCAUUGCAGAGUCACCGGUCUCAUCGAGAACCAGCACAACAUCCUCGGUGUUUCAAUUCCCACGCCAAGGGACACCUCAAAACAACUGGGAGGAGCACAAUCGCUAUACUGCUCCUGCGGCGCCUCGGGCACCUUCACGAGGUAGUCAAAAUAACUGUGACUCUUACCAGAUGAAUAGUCGAACACCUCAGCGGCCUUCGUUGCCAGCUAUGUCAUCACAAUCUCAAGCUAGCUUUGCACAACAACGAAGUCGAUCCUACAGCACUCCGGAUAUCAAUGUCCAAAAUGGCCUAAGGCGGCUACCAAAUGGGGCUCUCAGUCAAGUUCCAGCUGUUCCUGGAAUACCAUCUCACCUACAUCCUGGAUAUGACACAGGAAUACCCCGGUCACAAAAUUUAUCCCUAAACGGGAAUAACUUGGGUACCAGUAGUCAAAUUUCCGGGAGUAAUAGAGAAAGACCAGGCCAGGGCCAUCAUUUGUAUCAAAAUACGUCUUACAACCGAGCCAAUGUAAAUCACAUGCCCAUGACACCCCUUGAAAAUAGGAUAAUCUCACCUGGUAGACCUCCAUCAGUAGAUAGUGACCCGAGCCUACCCACUCAAUUGAAAGUAAAGGUUAAUUGUGAUGGAAAUUAUGUUACUCUUGUAGCAGCUUUCAACAUAACGUAUCAGUCACUCGUUGACCGGAUUGAUGCGAAAGUAGGAAGAUUUUCUAGUAACGCUAUAUCUCAGGGAACUAUGCGACUCCGAUACCGGGACGAAGACGGUGACUUUGUCACUAUCGAAUCAGAUGACGAUAUCCAAAUUGCGUUUCAAGAGUGGAGAGACUCUCAGAAACAACAAAAUCAUCAAGGUUCCCUGGGAGAAAUCGAACUGUUUUGCCUCAGCGCUGAUUAA